AUGACAUGGCCGUCAUCGAAGGACAAGGUCAACACUGAGGGCCUCCAGAGAUACCAAUUCUCCGAAAACUUGACCUAUCUCUUCUGUGGAACAUGCUCGACCAUGCUCUUCUACGAGAAGCGUGAUCAACCCGGGAAAAUAGGCGUCUUCAGCGGGCCGCUGAAGAACAUUGAUGCCAAUCUCAUCAAGCUCACGAAACACAUAUACGUGGAAGAUACAGUUGACGGCGGAGCCUCAGUAUGGCUUCGGAAGCCGAAUCCUGACAAUGUCGAGAUACCGCGGUAUUUGCAGCGCGCGGGAGAAAUCCCAUGGACAUGGACAUGGCCAGAGGAAACAGAACCACAAACUAAGCCAGAACAAGAUUCCAUAACAAUUUCAUGUCACUGCAAGGGAGUCAACCUACGUCUUCAUCCCGGAAACUUCGCAGCACAAGAAAGGGACCAAAUUCCCUGGUUCAUCGACCCAAGAAACAACAAACGCCUCGCCAGCUUUGACGCCUGCGACUCCUGCCGUCUGCACUUUGCCAACGAAAUCGUCCACUGGACAUUCACAAGCCUGUCGCACAUAUCGACCGCAGAUGGAGGCGCAUACCCUCACAAUAUGAAGGAUCUCAAGGCGGCGGCAGAUGCGGGAGAUGCCGCAGUCGGAACCCUAGCGUGCUAUCAGUCGUCGGUUGAUGCGCACCGAUAUUUCUGCAGAGUGUGCUCGGCGGCUGUGUUUUAUGCCUGUGAGGAUAGGCCGGAGAUUGUGGACGUGGCGGUUGGGUUGUUGGAGGGACGGGGUGCGCGCGCUGAGGAGGUGUUGUCGUGGACGUUUGGCGAGGAGCCUGUUUGGGUGGAUGAUGUGAAGGGGGGUUGGAGGGAUGGGCUGAUGCAGAGGGUGAGGAGGGAUGCGGAGGAGUUUAGAAUUGGGAGGGGAUAUGAGAAGAGCUGGAGGCGGUUGGCGAAGGAGAGUAAAGAUUGA